UGUUAUUGUGAGCGAUUCCUUCAGCAGAGAAGAGCACCAGGCAAGAAAGAGAAGAACAGAAUGAAUGAAGCAUGUUGUCCCUCUAGCAGCAAGUCUGCUCCAGAGGACGCACAGUGUCUUACUGAUAUGAGGAUUUUACUGCUGGGCAAUAAAGCAGCAGGCAAGAGUUCAUCCAUAAGCACCAUCCUGGGCAGCGAAGGGCCGAGUCUGAAGACCGCUCAGUGUGUGAAGAGGCAAGGAGAAGCUGAGGGAGUAGCGCUCACUGCGAUUGAGGCUCCAGGCUGGUGGAGGAAUUACAGAGUGAAGGACACUCCGAAUUUAAACGCUCAGGAAAUCGUACUCAGUGCGUCUCUGUGUCCUCCAGGACUUCAUGCAGUGCUGCUAGUGGUCCGCCUGGACACUCGCUUCACAGAGACGUGCAGAAGAGCACUGGAGGAACGUCAGGGCUUGUUUCUGACUGACAGUGUGUGGAGUCACUCCAUGGUGUUAUUUACCUUUGGAGACUGUCUUGAAGACACCACAGUCGAGAAGCACAUUGAGAGUCAAGGACACGCCCUCCAGUGGCUCGUGGAGAAAUGUGGGAACAGAGUCCAUGUGUUAAAUAAUAAGAAGAGGGACUCCAGGCAGGUGAAGGAGCUGCUGGAGAAGAUUGAAGAAAUGGUGAUGGGAAACGGUGGACGUCAUUUUGAGGUGGACUGUAAGACUUUACAUGACCUAGGAGUCCAGAGAAGAACGGAUGAAAUGAAAGCAGCGGAAAGACUGAUCAGAGCACAGACGCAGAAACAAGCCCUUACAUGUCAAACAGCUCAGACCCAACAAGAACUGAGAAUUUUGCUGGUUGGACACAGGCAUUCAGGAAAGAGUUCAGCAGGGAACACCAUCCUGGGCAGAGAGGAGUUUGACUUAAGGACGACAUCAAAGUGUGUGAUCAAAGAAGGAAAAGUAGCAGGGAGGCUGGUCACUGUGGUAGAAGCUCCAGGUUGGUGGAACAACUACAGCGUAAAGGACACACCAGCGCUAAACAAGCAGGAACUCUUGUGCAGUGCAUCUCUAUGCCCUCCAGGACCUCAUGUCCUGCUUCUGGUCAUACGAGCGGACGGCUCAUUCACGAUGCAGAACAGAAAAGCAAUCGAGGAACACCUGGAGCUUCUCGGAGCGGAAGUCUGGGAUCACACAGUGGUGCUGUUUACCUAUGGAGACUGGCUUGGAGAAACUAGCAUUGAGCAACACAUCGAGAGUGAAGGAUAUGCACUGCGGUGGCUCGUGGAAAAGUGUGGAAAUAGAUACCACGUUUUCAAUAACAACUGCAGGGAUGAUGGCAGUCAGGUCACAGAGCUCCUACAGAAGGUAGAGGAAAUGGUAGCAGGAAACAGCGGGCAACAUUAUGAGGUCGACAGCCUUUUAAUAGAAGAAGUGCGAAAACAACAGAAGGCAGGAGAGGAACGUGCAAAGUUGAGAAUGUCAAACAUGAUGGAGAAGAGACAGACACUGAGAGUGCUGAGGGGUGAAAUACAUCAUCUAACCGAUCUGAGGAUUGUGAUGCUUGGGGGCAUGUCUUCUGGGAAGAGCUCCACAGGAAACACUAUUCUCGGCAGUGGGGAGUUUAGCUUAACAAGUAGUUCCAACUGUGUGAGCCGGCGAGGAAAAGUAGGGACCAGACAGGUCAUUCUAGUUGAGGCCCCAGGCUGGUUGAAGUGUUCCUAUGUGGGACUAACUGCCGAAUCUGUCAAACAGGAGGUCAUGCGGAGUGUAACUCAUGCUGUGCUCCUCGUUAUACAGACAGAUACGUCAUUCACAGAGAACGAAAGGAGAACCCUGGAGGAACAUCUCAAGCUUCUUGACGAGAGGAUUUGGAAUCACACCAUGGUGCUGUUCACGUGUGGAGACUGGCUAGGAGACUGGAGCAUAGAGGAGCACAUCGAGAGUGAAGGGAAAGCUCUCCAGAGGCUUGUUGAGAUGUGCAGGAACAGGUACCAUGUCCUGAACAACCAGGACAACGGUGAUAGCGCUCAAGUCACGGAACUGCUAGAUAAGAUAGAGGAGAUGGUGGUGGAAAAUGGUGGGUAUUCACCUGUGCAAGGGCCAAAGCCUUCUCCGGUGAAGGUCCAAAGGCAUUGUGAGGAUGCAAAAGAGCAUGAGCAUUUAAACGUCAGGACAGAUAGAAUGGCCUUUAGCCAGCAUGAUGAGGAUGAAAAGAGAAAAGGAGGCUUGACUGAGAUGGAUCAAAAAAAGGGAGCUGCUGAUGCCGUCCCAGAUGACACUUUGGAUGAAAAGAGUCCACUGCCCACAGUUACAGACACGACAAAAAAAUGGACAUUUUCUGAUAUGCAUAUUCACAAAGCUCGUAGUAUGCAGCACUUGAAGCCAACGAUGGGCGGAGACGACCGUUUUGACAGUGGCUCCGAUUAUGAUUCGGAAGCGUCGUUUACGAUGACCAAUACUAGCAAUAUGUAUAGGUUGCUACCGUCAAUGACAUCAUCUUUGAGUUCUGGGAUCGGCUCUUUGAGAAAUGCUGGUUCUCUAGGGUUCAGAGCACUGAAUGUCUUUAUGAAGAGACCCAAACUGGAGGAGGACAGCACCAGAGCAGAGGUCCAGGAAGAAGAGAAAAUACAAGGAAUAAGGUGAAUCAUCGUCCAAAGAAAACAAAAAGACUUAAUGACCAACGAAGAGAAGGCCAACCAACCAUGAGCCUAUCCUUUUAUACACUGUGUGACAAAAAUUGAAUUCUAGUAUCAGCAUAUCAAACAGCACUGAUGACAGUUUUCUUCACAAUAGUUUUAAGCAGAAUUUCUCAUUUGUAGUCAAUGCCAGUAAAAUAGGCCAUCAUGAUGCUUAAAAUCAGGAUAAAUCGAGAGAGAAAACAUUAGAUGUGUUAUCUAAUAGAUAGAUGUGUUAAAAUCAAUAGCCAGAUUGGUUGGUUAUUGCAAGUUCACAUCCCAGGACUGACUUGAUAUUCCUGGUUGAGCCACUAGCAACUACCACUGCCUCCACUUUAGGCAGCAAAAUGAAAGUCUUCCCUUGUUUGAUCAAUACAGUAUAACAAUAGCAAACUACCA